AAAGUGCACAUAACCUUAUCAGUUGUUUGUUGACGCAAAAUACCGCAACAAUGUCUUUCAAAUUUGAUGGCAUUAAAUUGGACGAUCUGAAGGGGCUGUGGCCGUCGAUUCAGCGAAAACUACCACCAGAAGCAUUGGCCAAGCUUAAACACCAUUUGGAAUUGAUUAUUGCCAACGAGAAUGAUGUACAAGUCGCGACUUUGAUUGACUUCAUCCAAAGCUGUUGCGAACACAAACCGGUCAACUUUGAAGAAUACGUCGCGUAUGUGAUGAUUGCAUCGAGCGUUGAACUGUUGUCGGUUCCGUCAUCGCCUCUAUUUCGAAUGGAAAAGUUUCGUUUAAUGGCCCACACAUUCAAUACAUACAAUGACUACUGGAGCCAUGACGAUGAGCAUGUUAUGACUGUAGCUGAAGCGAUUUGGAAAGUGUCACCUAGUGCAUCGAACAUAAAUCACAUCGUGAUCGCCAUUCAUGGCUACAAUCAAUUCACAUUCAACGUCUCAAUUGUUCUACUGCUGGCUGCAUUUGGCAGUUUGGUGUCUAAGACAAAAUCUAACAAAUUACCGCUGCUCGAAGCUGAAGCCGUUUUCAAGAAACUCCAAUCAUUGGACAUUGUCAAUGAUCACAGCGAAAAGAAAAUCAUGUUCGAUUUUCUGUCGUCAUUCCAAAGCUAUCAACGACUGAUGUGUCUACCGGCGGCCAAGGAUACUUGCCUGUCAGAAUUGGCUGUCUUCAAACCAGCCCAGUUGGAACAGUUGAAGGAAUGCUUGAAAAAGGCAACACAAAGCUUGAACAAAACCAUUCGCGACCAGCAAGAUUUGAAUGAAAAUCCAUUGAUCGUUCAUUCCAUCGAGCUGACGAUGAACAACAUGGACUGCAUUCUCCCGACAGCAGGUAGUGGUUGAUUACCAGGCGCAUACUUUGAAACACAACACUUAGGUUAAGCGAAUGCUAUAGCAAAGAGAAGUGGAUUUUGUUGUUACGAAAUCUCGAUCUGAUGGAAAAGCGACGAUCUCACUCGUUUCAUAAGCAAAUUUUAUACAAGUUUCAAAUGCUCAGCAAUCAAUAAAGAACUCCUAAAGUUAUUUGUAUAUUA